AUGGCUCCUAACGUGACAUCCUUCAGCACCCUUCGGGCUCGCACCUACAUCUUCAGACUGCCUCUCUUCACGAGAAUUGUGCUGCUGAUUAUUGUUGUCGCCUGGAUUGCGGGCGUUCAGUCGGCUUGGGACAUUAGGCAAUGGGGCGCCUUGAUUCCUGACCAGCUGUCCUUCACUUCUUCAUACCGAAUGAACACGUUCCCCUUUAUCCAUAAGAACCUCAUCCACGCGGUCAUGAACCUCUUGGCCUUGGCGCCCUUGAUGGAGCGCUUCGAGGCGGAAUUUGGCACAUUGACCUCGAUAUCGCUCUUCAUCGGCCCUCUUACCACGAUUCCGGCCGUUCUAUACGUUUUGAUCGAGCGAUUCAUCUUCAAGGGCAAUGUUGGAGUUAUGGGGGCCAGUAUCUGGGUCUUCUUGCUCCUCGGCAUGGAGGCGAUCCGAACCUAUAAGACGAACCCUCAAUUGACCAUUGCGACAUACUCGAUUCCCACGUGGACGAUGCCCCUGAUCCUCAUCUUGGUGGUUACGGCGCUCGUCCCUGGGACAAGCCUGCUCGGUCAUCUUUGCGGCGUACUUGUUGGAUAUCUAUUUCCUGAGCCCCCCGAAAAGGCCCUGAGAUGGGUCGAAUCGAAGUUGAACCUGCUGGGUCGCCUACCUCACUAUGUGAGUGUAGACCAGAAGACGUAUGGCCGUUUUGGUGUCUUGCCCACGAGCAGCCAUGCCGGCGGCGGCAGCGCCCCCAUUGCCCUCGUUGGCACCACACAAAGACUUGGACCUUGA